AUUCUGAAGAAAACAAAACAGUAGACCGCAAUAUGCGGCACACUUUGGGAGCUCGCUAGACGGCGGUUUUGUGGUAGCGAGAACGUUGUCUGGUUCGUCGCUACCAAUCGCGGGGCGCGGCACGACCUUUCCGUGCGAUGACCGGGCCGAAGAGCACCGGGUCACUGCAGUCCAGAGAUGGGCAAUCUACGAUCACAUCUCCGCCCGCUGAACACCCACGAUAGAGCAAUUGCAACUCUAGCCCAUAGCCCGGCCGCUAAUUCGCCCAUAAUGGCGACCAAGGAAGCUACGGAUGAAGCCACCAGGCAGCGCAUCGUCAAACACAUGAAUACCGAGCACCACGACUCUAUCCGCCGAUACGUCGAAGCUUAUGCUUCACGAUCCAUGUUCCAGAGCCGCAGCGCGAAAAUGAUCGAUAUCGACUUGGACAAGAUGGUGUUCAGCUGCGGUGGCCAACAAGCUGUUAUUGGGUUGGAUCCGCCCAUGACGACCCUGCGUGAGUCUCGCGAGCGUAUGGCCAAAAUGGACAAGGACGCUUUGGAGACUUUGGGCCGGAGCGACAUCUCCAUUACACGGUUUGUCCCUGCAUAUACGCGGCCGGCUCAUCUAUGGAACUUUACGCAGUGUCUGUUGGCCUUUCUUUUGUUGCCUCGUGCGGCGAACUGGCAACCUGGCUCGCCCAUUUACGAUUACGCUCUGUUUAUGGUGCCGUCGUUCGCGAACUUUGUAGCUCAGUACGGCUGGCUGAUAUUUAUGAUCAUGCUUCCGAUUCAUUUAAUCGAAGGUGUUAUCAUGGUGAUGAGACUGGCAAAACAUGGAUGUACCUUUUUGGAUGGCGUUUGGUGGAAAUGGGUGGGCACCUGCUUUGUGGAGGGAAUCACUUCGUUCUGGCGGCUGGACGCAUUAAUUGAAGAGAGGAAAAAGGAGAAGGAAGCAAAACGGCAUUGAUCAUAGAGCGGCACUGGCCUCAUGUUCGAGCAAUAUUUGUGGUGUUCACACAGCCAAUGCUAUCUAGUUUAAGAUGUUCUUCUCGAAUACAUAACCUAACGUGUCA